GCGGUCGAAAGGUCAUACAGUCAAUCUGUCAUCCAUCCUUUGGGUAUAUAGGUGUAUCUCGGGAGCUCACUGACUCUUUUUGAUGUUGAGUAUAAAACUUUCUCUUCUCUUCAGCGAUACUACUCUACAAGUGGUUGAAUAAGCGAUCGACCGAAGGUGUGGUGGUGAUUUCAUGAUCCCCGCUGGCGCAUGACGUAGAAAACCCUCUGCCCGCAGCAUAUCGUCAUCAUCGGCCCUCCCGAGCAUUCCGCACUUAAGAAACUAUCCCCUCCGACCAUCUGAGAUCCACCCCUAGCUUUAUUAGACGGAUCAGAAGUCCGCUGAAACACGAUCGACACCCUUCUCGAAGCUCAAGGAAACAGUUGCCCUGGGCAUCCUUAUCGCAGUCUCAUUUUCAGAAACCCCAGCCGAUCGAAAUCGACCGAAGAGGAUCUAUACAGCAAUUUUCAUAUACCUUUUCAGCCCAAGCUAUCAAAAUGGUCGGCAAGGCUAUCCUUCUCGGCCUCAGGCUCUGGGAGUUCCUUUGGACUCUUCUGAUCAUGGCAUUGAUCGGUAACAUGAUCGCCGAGGCAUUUGCCGGCAACCCUGCAACCGUCAACUAUGCCAUGUUCGUUUCGGCUUUCUCGAUGUUCACUCUCUUCUACACUAUCCCCGCAUCGCUUAACCCAGACUGGGCCAUCCACCCUAUUUUCCUGAUCGUUGUCGAUACUCUCAACGCGAUCUUCUUCUUGACUGCUGGUAUUGCUCUGGCCGCCAGGCUGGAAUGCCACAGCUGCAGCAACGACAGCUACACUCUCAACAACGAGAUCACCAACGGUUCCAACAACCGCACAAAGCGCUGCCGUGAGGCCCAGGCUUCUACCGCAUUCCUCUGGUUCGCCUGGGUCGGGUAUACCGUCUCGAUGGUUUUCUCGAUCAUGGGUUCGCGCUCCGCGGGCGUUAAUCUCCGAGGCCGCACUGGUCCUGCUCGUGGCGCUCGCCCCGCUGCCAUGUCGCAGGUCUAAAAUGUGCCUUGAAUGACAGGCACUGAGGAGUCACACUACCUACUCAGUGUCUCCGCAGGCGCAAAGACCUUUGAACAUGCGGACUUCGGAAGUAAUGCAAAGGAACUAAGCUGAACGGCAAAGAAGAGAAAAUGACUUACGACUCUCAAGGAAAUGAAAACUUAGGGAACGCAAUUUUGGACCAUGACGCUACGUUGGAGAAUGACGGUCGGAGCAGUCUCCGGUACAUGUUCUAUAGGGGUGAUAUGGUGAUAGUAAGGUAUAAAUAAGUCGAAUCUCGACUGGUAAUAUUGGGUCUGGGGUUUGUGUAUGGGUGUGGAUAUUUUGGACAGGACGGGGGGCAAUAAUGGAUGGGUUGGUGUGGAGUUUAUAGUUCUGCCCUUUUUCUUUCUUUUGUGUCUAUCUGUUUUACUAUUGAACUGAUAGUUUGUAAUAUUGGAUCUAAUCGCUGUUUUCA